AUGCUGGCCAUUUACAGAACUUUCUCUGGACAGGAACCUGCGCCUAAGAAGCGACCUAUAUUAACGGUCGAAUCUUUGAGUGGCGACGAGGAGGAAUCUCCUCCUGUUCCUCUCAAAUGGAGAAAGCUGAAGAAGGCUGCCCCUGCUCCUGAACCUCGACUUGUGAUAAGAACCAAGGUCACAGGGAAUAAACCCAGGCCACCUCAUGUGAUCAUCGAAGAACCCACGGAGGAGGAGCUAAAUAUCUUGCUCAGCAAACCCGUUGAGAGUGACAACUCUAGCCCUGGGGCUGAGGUUCCUUUACAGGAAACAGAGGGAACUUCAGCACCAACUAGGCAUCCUGUCGAAGGUUCUGAUACCUUCGUAAACAGCACAGGAGAACCCACCUUCAAUCCUUCUUCUUUCGUCAGUUCUGCUAAUGAAGUAAAUCAAACUUCGGAGCCGCAAGACUCUGCUGACCAUAGCAGACAACACGAAGAGGAACUGGUGGAUGAUGAGUUCCUUGCUGCAACAGAGGAUGUCCCUGAGGAGCAUCACCAGGAGUAA